GCCCCCUCCUCCGAGCGUCGCGACAAGAUGCUGCCCGGGCUCGGGAGCCUGCUGCCAGGUCCCCCGGCCUGCGUCCUGCUGCUUCUUCUGGCCGCGGCCCCCGCCGCCGCCCGCUGCCCCAUGCUCUGCACCUGCUACCCGGCGCCGCCCACCGUGAGCUGCCAGGCCAACAACUUCUCAGCGGUGCCGCGGGCCCUGCCGCCCGGCACGCAGCGCCUCUUCCUGCAGAACAACCUCAUCAGCGCGCUUCGGCCCGGCUCCUUCGGGCCCAGCCUGCUCACCCUGUGGCUCUUCUCCAACAACCUCUCGGCCAUCUACCCGGGCACCUUCCGCCACCUGCAGGCGCUCGAGGAGCUGGACCUGGGCGACAACCGGCACCUGCGCUCCCUGGAGCCUGACACCUUCCAGGGCCUGGAGCGGCUGCAGUCCCUGCACCUCUACCGCUGCCAGCUCAGCAGCCUGCCCGGCACCAUCUUCCGCGGCCUGGUCAGCCUGCAGUACCUCUACCUCCAGGAGAACAGCCUGCUCCACCUACAGGAUGACCUGUUCGCGGACCUGGCCAACCUGAGCCACCUCUUCCUGCACGGGAACCGCCUGCGGCUGCUCACGGAGCACGUGUUCCGCGGCCUGGGCAGCCUGGACCGGCUGCUGCUGCACGGGAACCGGCUGCAGGGCGUGCACCGCGCGGCCUUCCGCGGCCUCGGCCGCCUCACCAUCCUCUACCUGUUCAACAACAGCCUGGCCUCGCUGCCCGGCGAGGCGCUGGCCGACCUGCCGGCUCUCGAGUUCCUGCGGCUCAACGCCAACCCCUGGGCGUGCGACUGCCGCGCGCGGCCGCUCUGGGCCUGGUUCCAGCGCGCGCGCGUGUCCAGCUCCGACGUGACGUGCGCCUCGCCACCCGAGCGCCGGGGCCGCGACCUGCGCGCGCUCCGCGAGGCCGACUUCCAGGCCUGCCCGCCUGCCGCGCCCACGCGGCCCGGGGGCCGCGCGCGCGCCAACAGCUCCUCCAACCACCUGUACGGGGUGGCCGAGGUCGGGGCGCCGCCGGCCGACCCCUCCACCCUCUACCGCGACCUGCCCGCCGAGGACGCGCGGGGGCGCCCGGGUGGCGACGCGCCCACCGAGGACGACUACUGGGGCGGCUACGGCGGCGAGGACCGGCGGGGCGAGCAGACGUGCCCCGGCGCCGCCUGCCAGGCGCCCCCGGACUCCCGCGGCCCCGCGCGCGCGCCCGGGCUCGCCGCCCCGCUGCUUUGCCUGUUGAUCCUGGCGCCCCACCACCUCUGA